AUGAUCAAGGCUUCAAAAAGACCUGGAAGCCCUAUACAGGAGAGUAUCCAGAGAAAGAGGAAGAGGGGAGAAGAGAAGGGGGGAAAAGCUGAUGACAGACCCAGCACGUCCUACAAUACUGACAUGGAACAGCUGUCAGGGACAAUCCCAGCAGACGCCCCCAUCCUUGUGACUGGACUGGAAAGCUUCACCUUCCAUAAAAUCCUUGGAGAGGGUGGUUAUGGUAAAGUCAUGCUGGCCACACAUCCCGCCUGCCAACAACAACUGGCAGUGAAGCUGGUGAAGAAGAGGGUCCUGCUUCAGGACUUUAAAGACAAUGUCCUGAUUGAGCGACAGGUCCUGGAGGUGACUGGGAAGAGUCCAUUGUUUACCCAUGCUUAUGCCACCUUCCAGACCAAGGACUAUGCCUUCUUCAUCAUGGAGUUUCUUAGCGGAAGAGACCUAAGUGGCCUCAUGAGAGCCAACGCCCCAUUUACUGUUCCAGUCACCAGAUUUAUGACAGUUGAGAUUAUCUGUGGGCUGCAGUUUCUCCACACCAGAGGCAUCAUACACAGGGACAUAAAACCAGCCAAUAUCUUAAUGGACAGCGCCGGUCACUUGAAGAUCGCCGAUUUUGGUCUUGCCGUGAUGAACAUCUUUGGGGAUAAGAAGAUCUUAGAAUAUGCCGGAACUCUUAGAUACAUGGCUCCUGAGAUUCUUCUACGGAAGCCCUACAACACGGCAGUGGACUGGUUCUCAGCUGGUGUGAUGAUAUAUGAGAUGGCUACUGGCAAAUAUCCAUUCUAUGCCGGUAUACUUCCUGGAACUAUCGAAAAGUCACUGAUCAAUGAUGUUCCCACCUACCCAAAAGGACUCAAUCCCCAAGCCAGAGACCUUAUAGUGGGGCUCUUAAACAAGUCACCAGAGAGUCGCCAGGUAGUGGUAGAUAACAUCAGGGAACAUCCGUUUUUCAUGGAAAUCAACUGGACAGAUAUAGAGGGAGCAGGAGCUCGUCCACCAUUCCAACUAGGACCACCACCAGUGAUGACAUUGACAAAAAUCGAUGACAUCCUGUCCUCCACCGAAGCCAAUAAGUCACCAAUGGCUGAAAGAGAUCAACAACUGUUCUGUGGAUUCACAUUUGCCAAUGAGAUCUGGCAGGUCAACGUUUGGCAGAUUUGUGAGAGAGACCAUCCACAGAAUCUGGAGGAAGAUGAAAAACUGGAAGUAAAGAGCUCCACUCUGUAUACAGAUGUCCCCAGUAGAUCAGUGUCUGAAAAACAUCAUGUUCCAGCAGAGCCUCUUGCUGACAUCAUAAACAGCAGAAAAACCAACCAACACUUGCUGUCCUUGUAUGAGCCUCAGAUUCCAAACUCUGACCUCUAUCUGCUCUCUUGA